CGGAAGUUGGAAACACACAGAGGUACCCGCUGAGUUCCAAGGCAUCACUUUUUCAUGUUGUGGCCAAAAACGCCGGCUAAAAGAUGAAAUUCUCGUCAAAAUUAGUGGUUUUCUUGUGUUUGGGUUUCCUCUUUUCCAUAGCAACGGUUGCAUUAGCAGAAGGACAGGAUGGUGGUGACCAAGGUGAUCAGCCAAGCAUCAAAAUCAAUUUCAAUGAUCCCAACUUUGAUCCUAAGCUGGCUGCUGCAGAAGUGAGUGGCAUCAUCAAACAGCAAGUAGAAGAAAUUACAGGUAAAAAAAUUGAACUAAACUCCCGAGCUAAUGCUAAGGAUGACGUAAAAUUGGACAUCAAAGAAGAAGUCAAAGAAGAAGACGACGUCCUCGUUCUGACCAAAGACAACUUUGACGCUGCCAUCGCUAAAAAUGAUGUCAUCCUCGUGGAAUUCUAUGCACCAUGGUGUGGUCACUGUAAGAGCCUCGCCCCCGAAUAUGCCAAGGCAGCCAAGGAACUGAAGACGAACACACCGCCAGUAUCUCUGGCCAAGGUUGACGCGACUGUUGAAAGUGAACUGGGAACCAGAUUCAGUGUCUCUGGCUACCCCACCCUCAAAUUCUUCGUGAAGGGAAAAGAUUACGACUACGAUGGGCCACGAGAAGCCAAUGGCAUUGUGGACUAUAUGAAGGCACGUGCUGAACCUAGCUGGGAGCCGCCAAAGUCCGCGGUCGCAGUCCUCACGAAAGACAACUUCACGAACUGGAUCAAUGAGAAGAAUUUAGCUCUGGUGGAAUUUUAUGCUCCAUGGUGUGGCCACUGCAAGCAGCUGGAGCCUCAUUAUGAGAAGGCUGCCACCUCCCUGCUGCAGAAUGAUCCUCCAAUUCCUCUAGCUAAGGUUGAUGCGACCGUAGAGGGAGACCUCGCCAAGCAAUACUCAGUCGACGGCUUCCCCACGCUGAAAAUAUUCCGCAAUGGGAAAGCGUUCGAUUACAAUGGACCUCGAGAGGAGUAUGGUAUUUUCGACUACAUGAUUAAACAAGUCGGUGACGCUUCAAAAGAGGUCAAGUCACUGAAGGUCAUUCGCGAGUCGUUCGGUGGCAAGAAAACCGACAUCUCAGUUGUCGGCUUCUUCGAAAGUGACAAGGAUAAGGAAUAUGACGUGUUCACCAACGCUGCGAACAAUCUCCGCGAAGACUUCAAAUUUUUACACACUUUCGACAGCAGUCUCCGUGAUAAUUUCAAGGUCAACGCAGGGUCGGUGGUCGUCUUCAACGCCGAGAGAUUCUACACGAAAUUUGAAAACAAAUGGCAUGUUUUCGACAAGCUCAAUCCAAAAGUCGAAGAGAUCGAAUCCUUCAUCAGGGAACAUCAAGUUCCAUUGGUUAGCAACCUGAACAGAAAAAGACUAGAAAAACGCUUCACAAAGCGCCCUCUUUGUGUGGUGUUCUAUACUGUUGAUUUCAGCUUUGACCACAUCAAGGCUACGCAACUAUGGAGGCUCAAAAUUGCGGAAAUCGCCAAAGACUUCCGUGACAUCACGUUUGCCGUCGCCGAUGAAGAUGGCAUGAGCACGAUGUUCCGAGACUUCAAAUUUGACGACUCUGGCGAAGACAUGAAUAUCGGUUGCUUCGACGAGAAGGAGAAGAAAUAUCCGAUGGCGCCGAUGGAGGAUGGGUUCGAUUCAUCGGAAAUCAGGGCGUUCCUGAAAAAGUUUAAAGAUGGUGAAUUGAAACCUAUGAUCAAGUCCCAACCCGUCCCGAAGAAACAAGGAAACGUAAAAGUAGUCGUCGGAAAAUCCUUCGAAGACAUUGUCAACGACAAAACGAAAGAUGCGCUCAUCGAAUUUUACGCCCCCUGGUGUGGCCAUUGUAAAUCACUGGCGCCCAUCUAUGACAAAAUGGCAAAAGAGUUAUCUUCCGAAAAGAAUCUCGUUAUAGCAAAAAUAGACUCUACGGCAAAUGAUGCGCCAGGACAGUACGAGGUCUCUGGUUUCCCAACUAUAUACUUUGCACCGAGUAAUAACAAAGAUAAUCCAAUUAAAUUUGAGGGUGAGAGAGAUGCCGAUGGCAUGAAAAAAUUUAUGAAGGAACACGCCACAGUGUCCUUUGGCAAGAGCGCCAAGGAAGAAUUAUAAGAUUAUUUUCCUCAUACUUUUCAUUGUAUCUUCCCAUCCAAACAUCUCAUCUCACUGGCAUAAAAAACACAUCAUUUUCCCUAUUUUGUUACCGCCUAUUGAGGAGUAUUCUUUUCCUGUUUUCCACACGUUUUCUUCAGACCCAAAUAUUGCCUCUUUUGGUGCUAUAACAAAAGUGCUUAAUAGAAAAGUAUAGUAUGUAUUCCUAAGUUUGGGUGUUUUGUUUGACAAGCCAUCUGUAAUAGACAAAGCUGGUACACAUCUGUAAACUCUGUGCAUAUGUGAGUAGAAUUACUGUAAACUGGGCGUACACAUGUAAAGAAUUACUGUUAACUGUAAACUUGCCAGGUGUUUUUUUCAAAGGGGGACUGAAGGAGUCAGGUUGGCCAGAUUAAGUUGCUCAAAUUUGCUGAUAGGCAUCUCAGCUGUCUCACAGUACAUCACCACUAUUCAUGCCCUGUGUGAGGAAUAUGUAUUGUGAUGAAGAAGACCAGUCGGUGUACCCUGCAUGAUAUCUCACCUGAAAACCAUCUCCACCAGGUCGGACCCCAGCUAUAGUCCUAUAGUCCCCCUUUAAAGUAGCAGUUUCUAAAUAUACUGUGUCAGCAUGUUUAAGCUUGUCUAGGCACACCUGUCACCUGUUCCUUGUAAUAAGCAGUGAACUGUCUAUCAAUAACAUUAUUAGUUCAAACUUCCGUAUAUUUCACAAGCAGUAUUUAGUUAAGUCUACUUCAGUGGUUUACUUUUUAUUUCACUUUCUUUCUCUUCCAUUAUUUUGUUUACAAGUUGGUCGCCAUGGUCACUGUGUUGAUUACAUAAAGAGAUACAUUCCAGAUAAAAUUGAACGUGUUGUAUGUUUGUGGAAAUUUCUUGUUAAAAACUUUAAAAUUCAUCAGGAAGUUACAAAUAUCAGUUCAGUGGAAACAAUAUGCUGUACAAUUUGCUUUAGAUGAGAUGAAAUUGAUGAUUACCACAGCUGUUUAAAAAAAUUUAAUUUCGGGUAUUAAGUCUGAUAUCUACCAUGGUGUACUGUGGUUUUCUUAAAUUGAAUUCUUCGGAAGGACUCUGACAGAACUACAUGUAUAGUUUUACAUGUAUUGUCAUGUUUAUAUGUCAUUGGAUAUGAUUUUAGAGCAACCAACCACAGUUAAAACAUUCUAGAAAUUGUAGUUAGAUUUUGAAGAACCCAGAUGAACUGUAGCCCGUUGUCCCGAAAGAUUGGACACUUUCAAAACAUCGAAGCAAUAUGUUAUGAUAACGAUUUAAAAUUGUUCAAGGCUUUUCUAGAAUUUGUCUUUAGAUUCAUCAAGUUAUAGAUACAAAAAAUAGCUUAGUUAGUUUAAAGGUAUUUUGAAGGAAAAAUAAAAUCUACUUAUGUAAGUUGAUGUGUUGUCGACUUCUGUGUGGUGAUAGAAUUUUCAUUUUGAAUCUGUUAUCGGUUGAGGAAUUUUUAUUCACUUGGUUUAAGGAAUUUGAAUUAGGGAUUGGCAAAUUAUUGAUCAUGUUGAAAUGGAGAGGCAAGUCCCUAAGUUCUGUCCAUUGUCAAUUUAGAGAAAACGAUUUUCCUAAAAGGUGACGAAGUUAGAUAUGCAGAAAGCUCAGAUAUGAAUGUUAGAAAUUCUCAUUUGAUGUUAAAACAUAUUUUGGUAUAACUGGUUUUGGUUUUGAAAAUCUGCCCUGUGCUAACAUUAUUUUAAAAAGACUUAGCUAUGUCCUUAAAGGAUUGUCCUGAGAUACUGUGGCAGUGUUUUGUACAAAUAACUCACUAUAAGUCAUGAGGAUUAACAUGUCAAAGGUUGGUACACAGCCUGGUCAUCAACUGCAGUCCAUUCGUAAAUGUUGUGCGUGUAUCAUUUAGGGCUCUGGAGCACAAACUGGAGAACGUUUAUGAUUGGACUUCAAUGUAUUCUACUGCAAACCUCAUGAUUGAGACUUUUAACAGGUAGUAUGCAAAACUUCCAUAAGCUCAAGUUGGUGACGGAGUUGUGAACCAGCCUUCAGAUUUGCUGUUGUGCUAAUUUUUUAGCAGAUUUCUAUGCAAAAAUAAAGUUGCAAAACAAGA